AUGCUCGCCGCACAUCACGACCAGGAGAAUCUCUACAAGCACCAGGCUGGUGCCUCGAAGCAACAAUUGCAGGCCAAGACACCUGGUGCUCGCUUCCCGAAGACUCCAUUGAAGGUGCCGCUAAACGACGAAAAUGUGAACCACGGAUUUAAUGGGAAGAGUGUGUUGCGAGGCAAAAACAACAAUGAAAAUGGCAAAGCUGGAAAGAUGGCCCUGGUGACACCCGCGGGUCCUAGAACGGGCCGCGCGCCGCUUGGGAACAAGACAACCAAUGCUAAAGCCAGGUCGACGUACCAAACGCCUGGCGCCAAACCUGGAGCGAGCAAUUUUGAAAAGAGUGCUUUAAAGCCGACCACGACGAUUCGCCCCAAGCAGGCUGCGCCGCAAACCGAAUCGUCCAAACUCGAGGUACACGAGGAUAUUGCCCCGCUACAGGACGAAGAAAUCGAAUAUGCCCCCCCGAACCCGAUAGAACCCCUCUACGAGUCGGAGGUUUUCCCCGAAAAUGUCCUGACGUUUGAAGGGCUAAACCCCGAGAACAUGUUCAAUGGUUAUUAUAAGCAUUACUUUAACCGGAUGGAUGGAGAGGGCAAGACGGCCCAAGACCGGGACUUAGAGGAGCGGCAGAAGCGCAGCUUUGAGAGGGGUGAGGAGCAAAUCCAGAAAGAUAUGGACGACUUCGACUGGAGCAUUGGUGAUAUCCCAGAGAGUAGGGACGUAUUCAAGAAAAAGAGCAGCGUUGCACUAGCAGCUGGGGCACCUACCACUGUAAAGACAGUGGUACGACAAGGCACUCGACAGCCCUCAACCGUCGCAUCCCGGAAGGCAGCAUCGGCCCUCGCAAUGCGUCCGAAGCCAGUAGCUGGCUCUCAUGCGAGACCAGCCAUGGCACCUAUAUCAGCAGCCACAAAGGCCUCCACCAAAGGAUUCUUGCUGCCGAGGCGGAAGGUAUUGCAGCCCAUAGAACCAGCAAAUGUUUCGGGCGGGGGACGAGCAGCAUUUUCUGCUGCCUCUCGCAGUACUUUGGGCUAUAACAAGGGCCGAUCCAUGUCGUCUGCCGUCCACGUACUCAGCAGCAACUCCGCUCGCAGCCUUCCCACGAGGCAACCUACUGUAGGCCCCAAGCCUCGCGCGUUUACGCGGACCGUCAGCGCAGCAUCGACCAGCUCGGACGCAACCAUUACACCCUCCCGUUAUGCCCAGGCAACGGAGCAAAAGCAGCCCGACUUUCUAUCCAUCUUCGACGAUGAGGAGGAGGAUGGUCUUGGGGGAGGAUUGCCUCCGAUGGAUGAUGAUGAAUCUGAUUUCCAGCUCACGGCGGACUUUGAGUAA